CUGCACACUUAGCCGGGUUUGCCGCCAUGGCGUCCGAGCGGCUGCCCAGCAGGCCUGCCUGUCUCCUGGUGGCCAGCGGCGCUUCUGAAGGUGUGUCAGCCCAGUCCUUCUUCCACUGCUUCACAUUGGCCAGUGCUGCCUUCAACCUACAGGUGGCCACCCCUGGGGGAAAGGCCAUGGACUUUGUGGAUGUGACCGAGAGCAAUGCACGCUGGGUACAAGACUUCCGUCUCAAGGCUUACGCCAGCCCCGCUAAGCUUGAGUCCAUAGAUGGUGCCCGGUACCAUGCUCUCCUGAUUCCCAGCUGUCCUGGCGCCCUGACUGACCUUGCCAGCAGUGGGUCCCUGGCUCGGAUACUGCAGCACUUCCGCUCAGAGAGCAAACCCAUCUGUGCCAUUGGCCAUGGUGUCGCUGCCCUGUGCUGUGCUACCAAUGAAGACAGGUCCUGGGUGUUCGAAGGCUACAGCCUGACAGGGCCUUCUGUGUACGAGCUCAUCAGGGCACCUGACUUUGCCCGCCUGCCGCUGGUUGUGGAGGACUUUGUGAAGGACUCUGGUGCUGGCUUCAGUGCCAGUGAGCCCGACGCCGUGCAUGUGGUGCUGGACCGCCACCUGGUCACUGGUCAGAAUACAAACUCCACUGUUCCUGCUGUCCAGAACCUGCUCUUCCUCUGUGGCAGCCGGAAGUAAUUUGGAUGCUGUCCUUGAUCCUGGUGGCCUCUUCUGUUGGUCCUUACCUGACAGGGCCCUCAAGCCUCCGUUUGGACCCUGUGGAAUGCUGGAGGCCUCCAAGAGUUAAGACUUGGAGAGUAUCAGUUCUUAUAUAGACUGAACACUCCUCCUCUAUCCCCAGCACACAGUGGGGAGCAUCUUGGCUGGCCAGGCAGUCUCUGAGAACUACAAAUGAACACUCCAAGAAGAAUUGUCCCUGGGAGAGGCAGCUGUGGGAUCUCAGGAUGGGAUGCUGCUCUUCUAUGGCCCUUUGGCUAUUCUCAUCCCUUUAGCUGUUGGUGAGAACCAUGGGGAAAGGAUCAAAAGACUGGAACUUGCUCUGAAUUCAUCUUGCCAGAGGUGAACAAUGGAUGUUUUCUUAGCCCUAAGCAGGCAGCAUUCUUGCUGAAGAAGACUGCCCAUGUUUAAAUCUUGCAAUCUUGCCUAUGAUUUUUUUUUUUUUUCCUUCUGAGAUAGCGUUUCUCUGUAGCUUUGGAGCCUGUCCUAGAACCCACUCUUGAGGCAGCACAGGCUGGCCUCAGAUUCAGAGAUCUGCUUGCCUCUGACUCCCGAGUGCUGAGAUUAAAGGCGUGU